GUCCCGGGCCUGGCUUGGGGCUUUUAGUGCUUAGCAGCGACAAGGUGGACGUCGGCUAAGCAGACAGAAUAGGAACACAGGCCAUGGGCAGAGGUUGCGGUCAGAACAGGGGUGAUAUUGCUAAGAGGGUGGAGCAGGUGCCAAUGCCGGUUUGGGACGAGCGCCUGGCGUUUGAGGAGCUCCUUUACUGGGACAGCCUGGUACAGCACGGCCGGGUUCUUCACCCACACGACUACCAUAGAUACGAGGAGCUGCGCUACUGGUACGACUGCCUGUGCUACGAGGAGGACCUGCGCCUGUAUCACCACUACAUCGCAGCCAGAAAGGAGCCCCACGAGGCACCUCCCGACCAAGCCAUGCCCCCGCCUUUCCGCCAGCGACCGAUGCGCAUCUUUGUGAACGACGACCGCCACGUGAUGGCCAAGCACUCCGCCGUGUACCCCACACAGGAGGAGCUGGAGGGCGUGCAGAACAUGGUCUCUCACACUGAGCGCGCUCUCAAGGCCGUCUCUGACUGGCUGGACGAGCAGGAGAAGGGCAGCCCCAAGGGCGGAGCUAAGGCCGACUCCGCCGAGGCAGAGGUGGAGAAGGAGAGUGAACCCAAGCCUUCAGAGCAGGCCACACGCACCCUGCGGGGGGUCAUGAGGGUGGGCCUGGUGGCCAAGGGCCUGCUGCUGAAGGGGGACCUGGACCUGGAGCUGGUCCUGCUCUGCAAGGACAAGCCCACCAUCAGCCUGCUGAAGAAGGUGGCCGAGAACCUGUCCGAGCAGCUCACGACCAUCACGGAGGACAAGUACGAGGUGGUCCAGAGUGUCCGGGACGCCACCAUCGCCAUCAAGAGCACCAAGGAGCCCGUGCUGACGCUCACCAUCCACCUGACGUCCCCGGCCGUGCGCGAGGAGGUGGAGAAGCAGGCUGCAGGAGACACGCUAUCAGUCAGCGAUCCCCCGGAUGUUCUGGACAGGCAGAAAUGCCUUACUGCCUUGGCGUCUCUUCGCCACGCCAAGUGGUUCCAGGCUAGGGCCAACGGACUGAAGUCGUGCGUCAUCGUCAUCCGCAUCCUGCGGGACCUGUGCUCGCGGGUCCCCACCUGGGCCCCUCUGCGCGGAUGGCCGUUGGAGUUGCUGUGCGAGAAAGCGAUUGGAACAGGGAACCGGCCAAUGGGAGCAGGGGAAGCUCUUCGUAGAGUUUUGGAGUGCCUAGCUUCUGGGAUUCUGAUGGCUGACGGUCCUGGCAUCUCUGACCCGUGUGAGAAAGAGACCACUGAUGCCAUCAGCCACCUGGACCGGCAGCAGCGGGAGGACAUCACACAGAGCGCACAACAUGCCUUAAGACUGGCUGCGUUUGGGCAGCUGCACAAAGUGCUGGGGAUGGACUCUCUGCCCUCCAAAAUGCCCCGAAAACCCCGCAGUGACACCCCCAUAGACUACACGGUCCAGAUCCCCCCCAGCUCCACUUACGCCCCGCCGAUGAAGAGGCCUAUUGAGGAAGAGGAAGGAGGCGAUGACAAGAGCCCCAACAAGAAGAAGAAAAAACUGCAGAAGAAAUCCCCAGAAGAGAAGGCGGAGCCUCCUCAGGCGAUGAACGCGCUGAUGAGGCUGAACCAGCUGAAGCCGGGUCUGCAGUACCGCCUGGUGUCCCAGACCGGCCCCGUGCACGUGCCCGUCUUCACCAUGGCCGUGGAGGUCGACGGCAAGAGCUACGAGGCGUCCGGCCCGUCCAAACGCACCGCCAAGCUGCAUGUGGCUGUCAAGGUGCUGCAGGACAUGGGCCUGCCCACAGGGGUGGAGCUGAAGACCGCAGACCCGGUGAAGACCGACGAGGGGGCCAACGACGCGGAGUCGAACCCUCUGGCCACGCCCGCCGCGCCCGCCGACCCGUCAGCCGCGAGCACCGCCAACUCGGAGGCCACGGACCUGGCGGAGAACGCGCGGCAGCAGGGCCCCAUCCUCACCAAGCACGGCAAGAACCCGGUGAUGGAGCUGAACGAGAAGCGGCGGGGGCUGAAGUACGAGCUCAUCUCCGAGACGGGCGGGAGCCACGACAAGCGCUUCGUCAUGGAGGUGGAGAUCGACGGGCAGAAGUUCCAGGGCACCGGCUCCAAUAAGAAGGUGGCCAAGGCGUACGCUGCCCUGGCCGCACUGGACAAGCUGUUCCCCGAGGGCUCCACCCCCGAGGCGGCCAAAAAGAAGAAGCUCCCCCCCAUGCACAACCCUGGCUUUGGCAUGAUGGGCGGGGCUUCAGCGGAUCCUUCCAAUCCUGGAGGCCGAGGAAGAGGGGGGCGUGGCCGGGGGAGAGGCAGAGGGUUCAACAACGCCGGUGGAUAUAACCAAGGAGGCUAUGGAAGCUAUGGCUACGGGAACAGUGGAAACUCUGGAUACAAUAACUACUACAACAAUGGCGGGGCCAGCGAGGGGGCUGGAUCCGCGGGGGCCGGGGCUGUGGGCGCGGCCGGCGCGUCGGCGGGCGGUGCUGUAGGGGCGGGCGCCGGAGGCUACGGCGGCUUCUAUCAGAACGACGCCGGUUACUCCGCCCCUCCCCCCGCGGCCACAAAGCCUCCCGGCAAGAAGCCCCUCCCACAUCCGGGCGGGAAGCCGCCAUUCGCCGGAGCAGCGCCGUCGCCGGGCGGAGCUCCGGGAGCCUACCAGGCCACGCCUCCUCCCGGGCAGGGCUCCUAUAAUCAGUACGGCCAGGGCUACGGCCCGCCCAAAAAGAGCUUCGGCCAGAACCAGGGAGGAGGCGGCUACUCCGGCUACAGCACCGCCUACCCCAGUCAGGUGACGGGUGGCGGGGCCAGCCAGGAAUACAGCUACGAAGGUUACAGUAGCAACAGCACAUUUGAGUCGGGAGGCUCCUACCCCCCCAGCUCACAGGGGGGCUACGGGGGAGGGCCGUCCGGACAAGGGGGGGAUAGCAGCUACCAAGGUUACAACAGCCAGACGAACUUCAGUGUUCCUGGUGGAGCUAACCCAAGCUAUGGGGGAAACCAGGGUUCCUUCGGCAGUCCUGUGGGGUAUGGGAGGGGCGAUCCCAGCAUGAACUACCAGUACAGAUAGACUGAAACUCCACUACCCAGAACCCCACCCUUCUCCAUCCCUCUCGCAAGCAUUUUCCAAAGUGGAAACGGCUCACUUCUCAGUCUAGGUCCUUUCGGAGGAAGAAGGCUAAUUUCAUGUUUUAGCUGCUUUUAUAAUUUCUUUUUGGAUGUGUAAAAAUGACUAGGUAACCGUGUUUUUAUUUUGUAUGGAGUUGUUGUUGAAACUUUUCCUAGCAUUUUUACCCCUUUGAGCAAUGCAUCUCUGACCCAUUGAUAUUAAAAAAAGAAAAGUCCCUUUAUUUGCUCUGCCGAUAAGCAUUGUGUUACUUGUUCGUUUGCUUAACACUUGAGAUUCCAGUUUUCUCCAGAAUUUGCUCACCAGACACUAGUCGCUAAUUUUGGCAUACCCACUAACUUAAAAAAAAAAAAACAUGAUUUU